CUGAAGCAUUGAUUAGCCUGUGUGGUAGAGUUUGCUAAGAGGAGGGAUAAGACUUUGCAUAUCUUUUGGCUAGUCUGUUCUGUUCUCUUUAGCAUACACAGUUCAUUGAAGAAAAAUGGCCUCAGCUUCUCUUCUGAAGACCUCACCAGUCCUUGACAAGUCUGACUUUGUCAAGGGCCAGACCCUCCGCCUUCCUUCCAUUGCUGGUGUCAGGUUCACUCCCUCGGCUCCAUCGUCUUUGACUGUCCGUGCCAGCUCCUAUGCCGAUGAGCUUGUUAAGACCGCGAAAACUGUGGCAUCACCUGGCCGUGGAAUCUUGGCCAUGGAUGAGUCGAAUGCCACCUGUGGGAAACGUCUUGCCUCAAUUGGUCUAGAGAACACAGAGGCUAACCGCCAAGCCUACCGUACCCUUCUUAUCAGUGCCCCAGGCCUUGGUCAGUACAUCUCUGGUGCUAUCCUCUUUGAAGAGACUCUUUACCAAUCCACCACUGAUGGCAAGAAAAUGGUUGAUGUCCUCAUUGAGCAGGGCAUUGUUCCCGGUAUCAAAGUUGACAAGGGUUUGGUGCCACUUGCUGGUUCAAAUGAUGAGUCAUGGUGCCAAGGUCUUGAUGGUCUUGCUUCCCGCUCUGCUGCUUACUACCAGCAGGGUGCCCGCUUUGCCAAAUGGCGUACUGUUGUGAGCAUUCCCAAUGGCCCAUCUGCCUUGGCAGUGAAGGAAGCUGCUUGGGGUCUUGCUCGCUACGCUGCUAUCACCCAAGACAAUGGAUUGGUCCCAAUUGUUGAGCCAGAGAUCUUGCUUGAUGGUGAGCAUGGAAUCGACAGGACAUUCGAGGUUGCUCAGAAGGUUUGGGCCGAAGUGUUCUACUACAUGGCAGAGAACAAUGUGCUCUUUGAGGGUAUCCUUCUUAAGCCAAGCAUGGUUACCCCAGGUGCUGAGUGCAAGGAAAGGGCCACCCCUGAUCAAGUUGCUGAUUACACCCUCAAGCUCCUCCACAGGAGAAUCCCCCCAUCCGUCCCUGGAAUCAUGUUCUUGUCUGGUGGGCAAUCUGAGGUGGAGGCAACCUUGAACUUGAAUGCCAUGAACCAGAGCCCCAACCCAUGGCACGUAUCUUUCUCCUACGCAAGAGCCCUUCAAAACACCUGCUUGAAGACCUGGGGUGGAAGGCCCGAGAACGUGAAGGCUGCUCAAGAUGCCCUGUUGCAACGGGCCAAGUCCAACUCUUUGGCUCAGCUCGGUAAGUACACUGGUGAGGGUGAGUCCGAGGAGGCCAAGAAGGGCAUGUUUGUCAAGGGCUACACUUACUAAGAAGAUUAUUACCGAGUGGGAGUUCUUAUUAGAUUAAGUUUGUUUAUUUUAAUGGAGGUUGAUCACGGACCUAAAAUUUGUGUAUUUAAGUUUGAAGGCCCUAAUGAUGUGAUUAACGGCCAUGAAACAGACUUUUUUGGUCAUUACUUAAAUUGUAUGUACCUUAUACUCAAGUUUUAAUAAGAUGUUCAGCUACUAAUGAGAUUUACCUUGGCUCUUGGAAA